CUCAUCGCACUCCGAUAAUAUAUCCGAACUCCAAAACCAAGCACAAAGGUGCAGCAAGCAAAACCCUAGCUUUGAAUUUUCCCCUAAAAACUGAAGAAAUCAGCGAAAUAGGUGCGUUUUUUAAACCUAUCUGAAGCUCAAAAUCAAUGCUUGUAUUAGAUUCUCCAGACCCAUGUGGCGUUUUCCCAAAUUUUGCAGAAAUUUGGUAUUAUUUUUACCCACAUCUCCAGUUUCUUCAAAUUUGGUCCCUUUAAUUAGGCCAUUCUCCUCUCCAUCUAAAGAAAUUUUUGUAUCGGGACCUCCCAUUUUAGAGAAAUUACAAUUUUCUCGGUUCUGUACACUCUCCUCACAUAAAGAUCUCAUCUUGGACCAACCCGUUAGUGAAAAUAAUGACCAGUUAAUUUCUGCUGCUGAUAGAGUAUAUGAAGCUAUCAUAUCAAACUCCAAUUCAAACAAGAGCUUGGAGGCAACCCUUGAUUCUCUAGGCUUAGAGUUGUCCACUGAAUUGGUGGACGAUGUCAUUAGAAAACUGCGGUAUGAAGAAAGACUAGCUUUGAGGUUCUUCACUUGGGCUGGGCAUCACCAUGAUUAUGCUCAUGAGAGACAAACUUAUAACUACAUGAUUGAUAUAUUAUCGAGUACUCGAUACAAGUUGAAGCAAUUCGGUGUUCUUUGUGAUGUCCUGGAUCAGAUGAAGCGAAAAAAUAACCAUUCCGUUUCAGUCGAGGCCUUAAUGAUCAUACUCAAGAAUUACACAGAAAAGCAUCUGACCCAUGUUAGGAGAUUCGCCAAGAAGAAGAAAAUAAAGAUCACGGCGCCAGAAGUGGAUGCAUUUAACAUGUUACUGGAUUCUCUUUGCAAAUGCAGUUUGGCUAGGGAAGCUGAGGUUUUGUUUCAUCGUGUGAAGAAAAGGGUCAGUCCAAAUGCUGAUACUUACAACAUUUUGUUCUUCGGGUGGUGUAGAGUUAGAGACCCGAAGAAAGCGAUGGAGGUGUUGGAAGAAAUGAUCGGAAUGGGUUUUGCUCCUGAGAACUUCACUUAUAAUGCUGCCAUUGAUUCUUUUUGCAGUGUCGGGAUGGUAUCAGAGGCAAGAGAGCUUUUCGAGUUCAUGAGGACAAAGGGUUCAACGAUAUCUUCGCCGACCGCUAAAACUUAUAGUGUAAUGAUUGUGGCCCUUGCUAAGGAUGAUCAGAUGGAUGAAUGCUUUAGUCUUCUUGGUGAUAUGAGGAACACUGGAUGCCUUCCUGAUGUUUCAACCUAUAAGGAUUUGAUCGAAGGGAUGUGUUUAAUAGGCAAGAUUGAUGCCGCAUAUAAGAUACUAGAAGAGAUGGGUAAUAAAGGGUAUCCACCUGAUGUCCUCACCUAUAACUGUUUUCUGAAGGUACUAUGCAAUUUGAAGAAGCCUGAAGAAGCCUUGAUGCUUUGUGAGAAAAUGAUUGAGGUGGGUUGUGAGCCAAGUGUUCACACCUACAACAUGCUUAUUUCAAUGUUUUUCGAGAUGAAGGAAUCAGAGCGGGCAGUUGGCAUUUGGCAUGAGAUGGAUAGGAGAAAAUGUGCGAGAACUGCAGAUACGUAUAGUAUCAUGGUCGAGGGGUUGUUUGAUUGUGAGAGAGUCGAUGAUGCAUGCUCUCUUUUGGAUGAGGUAAUAGAGAGGGGGAUGAAAUUGCCAUUUGUGAAGUUUGAUGCUUUGAUGCGGCGUUUAUCGGAGAUUGGGAAUCUCCAAGCCAUUCAUCGGCUGUCUGAUCAUAUGAGGAGAUUCUACAAUGUUGCCAUGGCUAGACGAUUUGCUAUUAGCCAGAAGAAGAAGAGCAUGAGUUUGAGGGGGAGAUAACAUAUAUUAUUUGCCAAAAUUGGAGUAUAGUUGAAGAAAUGAUUGUGGUUCUGCAAGAAGACCAUGAGUUCUGAUGAUAUGCGUAUGGUUAUUUCUUUUUUUCUUUUUCUUUUUUUGAUACUAUACAAUGUGACGGAUAUUUUAGAAUUAUAUUUGUUUCAACUUUGAGCGCAUUGAUCAUGGCAUACAAUGAGUUGUAUACAAUGUGUUUUGAAGAAAGAAAGGCACCUUUUUGUCGUGUUCUACACCUUGUCAAGAAUAAAGUUGCCCUUUCCUCU